GCAGCUCUUGCUGUGGAGGCGACUGUGCUUCCCUGACAUUAAUUUUUACUUGUACUUCUUUUUUGUCGCCAUUCUUCUCGCAGUGCGAAUGACAGUCCGUGACGGACACAGACGACUUUCAUGUAGUGUAAACCAUCGAAGAACAGACUCCAUGGAGGUCGUGGACAGCCCGCUCAAUCUCGCUCAUCAGCAGUGCAGGAAGGCAGACCGUUUGGUAGCAGCCGGAAAGUAUGAAGAGGCCAUCAGCUGUCACGGAAAAGCAUCAGAUCUUCUGACGGAUGCUAUGAAGACAACAGAGUGUGAGCAGGCUCGUCUGUCCAUGGAGCUGCAGAGGGACAGUCAUAUCAAACAGCAGCGACUCAUCCAGGAGCGCUGGAAGAGAGAGGCCCGUCGCGAGGCAACGAAGGCCCGAUCCGGCCCCGCGCAGCCCUCCAGCAACCCCACCCUGCACCCUCAGACCCAGUCCACAGGCCCGCUGCAGCCCCACGGCCCCCCUGGCCUCUCAGCUGCAGAGUGCACAGGAAGCAGGGAGAGAGAGUACGACACCUUGCUCUACCAGCUUCAGACCCGGCAGGCCGGAAGCUACCCGCCUAUGACUCCACCUUGCCCCGGCUCCAAGACCACCAAAGAUGACAAAACCCGCCUGGAAGAACAACAGACCACCAUCGAGAACCUGCGGCGCCUGGUCGACCAGCUGAUGAACGACAACCAGCAGCUGGCGGCCGAGAACGAGCGGCUACGAUCGGAGAACGGCCGGCUGCGCUCGGAGGCGGCCGAGGCGGCGGACUUUGUAGAGCGAUCGGAGCUGUGGGUACUGCCACCAGCGGGAACGGGAGGCGGGCAGGAGAGGAAAAGCACCGGGAAAGGGAAGGAGAUCGCAAUCCCACAGCUGCCACCGCUGGAGAUGCCAGCUCAGGAAGAUCUGUGUCUGGAUGACCUGCCUCCUCUGGAGCUGCCAGAGGACAUCCAGAAUGAACUACAGGAGCUACUGGACAGGGAUAAACAGUGAUAAGACACAUGUCUCUCUCACACAUACUCAUAUAAACAACACACACACAUACACACACACACACACUCAACCAAUAUGGCUUUUGAGUUCAGAUGCCAACAUCUGAAACCCAGAAUAACAUUAAAGGCCGUGUUCUCCCUCACAGGCUGUCUGAUUUGACCUCUGCUCAGCUGAAAGAUGCACACGAGCACACUAAACUCUUAAAAAUGAUAAAGGUGUAAGGUGCAGCAAAACAACAGCAGGAGCGAUGGAGAUGUCAAUCAUAUCCGCUCCAGUCCCAGGAAAGAGGUCUAAUCAGGCUAAUCAAGUGGAAACAGCUGUGUGGGUGCUACUACCACUAAUACACACAGGAACACUUCACCCACAACUAAACUGUGGUGUUAUUAUCUGCUCCUCCAUAAUGCGAGCGGGAACAUCAGUGAGGUGUGUGUGUUAAUAUAGCAGACAGUGAGCUCAGUAUCAGCCUUCAGGAAGACAACUGAAGUAGACAGGAACAUGUUUUUGAGACUUUCAGGUACUGUCUGAAAAUAGCCUUCAAAUAUCUCCGAGCAGCUCGAGCAGCACAAUAAGUGUUCUGAAGCUUAAUGGAAGUGUUUUGAACUCAUAAGUCAAAUACCUAAAAGCUGCUAUAAAUAUUGUACUCAGCAGAAAAGUGUGUGUUUGAUCUAAAUGGUGAAAACAAACAAAGACAAGCACAUACAGACUUCAGUAUCACUUACUGUGCUGCAGGAGCUGUGUGGAGUACACGAGGGGUUAUUUUCUGUCCUUUGGUGCUCUAUCAGAACAUGUGGCUGCCACUCUCAGUUGUCAUGGAGAGUGAUGAAAAUCAACACUCACUGGAUGUGACACUGACACACACACUCCCUCUAGCACUGUUUCUAGUUGCACGAGGGCGAGCGGAUAAUGACUACAGUUUUUUGGAUGAAUAAGUUAACCCCAUCCAACCCAACAGUACACUCUCUCAUACAUGCAUACAUAUUGCUGUUGUUAAAGAAAAAACGUAGACUUAAAUGAAAGGCUUCAAUCAUCAUUUGUGUGUUUAGUGAAUUUUCAGGAGCAGGUCCUUUAAACCUGGAAACCUCCACAGCUGUUUUUUUUCUUUUUUUCCCUUUUUUUUCUUUGUUCUUUAUUCUGAUGUUUUUUUGUGCAACAACAGCAAUAUACAGACACACACACACACACACACACACACACACACACACACACACAUGAACAGCAUGAACUGAAACCUGAGGGGAAUGAGAAUGAAGGCUGAAGCACACACAGGUGAUAGAAGCGUGCACACACACAGUCACUGUUCACACUGCAAGCAACAGGGUUGAUGUAUCAGUACUGAUUCUGAUAAUGCAGGAUGAUAACAGUGAGACUUGAACUUUGUUUGAGUUUGAAUCCAUCACAUCACACAGCAGUGCAUCUAAGAGCAGAUUUACUUGUUAGGAUUUUAACUACUACUAUUAAAUUCUGCUUUUGAUCACUGUGAAAGUAAAAUAAAAAAUAAGAACAUCAUUUCAACACUUCAACCUUUUAAUCAGCUCUGACAAACCCUGUUUAGAUUUGUAUUUUUCAACCUUUAUAAAUCAGCUUUUUACUGAUUCAGAACCAGGUUUCAGGUGUUCUCCUUACUAAAGACAGUGUAUGUAUCAAUACCUGGUAGAAGAUGACAGGCCAUUUUCCAACACAGUGUAGUUAUGAAGCAUAUCAGUUGGUACCAUAAAGUGGACACCCAGUAAUGAUCAUACAGUUACAAUGUAUGAAGCCAGGUUCAGGUCUCUGCAGGUUGGUUUUCAUACCUUACAGUUUGAGUCCUAGACUAAAACCUGCAAAACACUGCUGUGGUUCUUUUAAAGCUGCUUCGUCAAUUUUUUUGUCCACACGGGGGCAAAAAACCCUCACUAAGGUUAAAAGAGACAGCUCUGGUAAAUCAGCAACUACUAAAUGUUUUCCAGCUUACACGGUAGCUCUAACACAGUAGACACACAGAAAGGUGAGUUAAUCAGAGACUGUUCACUGGAAACAAGCUGCCUGCCAUAACACCAACAGUCAGUGAUCAUUCUCUGAUGAGUAAAGGUUAGGUUCAGGUAUUGAAUGCAGCUUUAACUGAACCACACAAGCAUUCAGUGUGUAGCAGUAACAGCUGCUCAAACAUCCUUGUCCAGUUCAGGCGUGAGAUAGGCUGCUGUCAGCUGAUGUAGGUAACAAUGAAGAGAAGGAGUGGAGGUGACUUGUUGCUUGCAGUGUGAAUGCAUGUGGCAUGUGCAUGCACACACUAUCACACACUCUGAGGCAUUUGUACAAGCUCAUGGACUGACACUUAGUAUAUUUCCUUACUGGAACAAUAAUUAAAUGCAGCAGUAGCUGCAAACAGGACAUUAUGCUGCGUUCACGACCUAUGCAAAAUAUGAUAGAUCCACAUUUUCAACUAUCAAACACUUAAUAAAAAUAGUUCCAGCUGUUAAAUACUAAAAUAUGUUGAUUAGUAAUGAUCAGCAUUAGGAUUGAAGCUAAUGCUGACGUGUGGACAACUGUAGAAAAUAAUGUUUUCUUUCUAAAUAAAGUUAACCUAAUACAUGACUUUCA